GCCACCACCACCGCGAGCCCAGACCUGCCCGCCCGACCUGACCGCGCAGUCUCGCGGGAUCGCUCAGCUCUCGCUCCCGGUGCCGCUCCGGAGGCAGCUGGAGUUCCGGACGCUUCCCGGAGCCGUCUCAGGUCGCGGUGCGCGGACGGAAAAGAACUUCCUUCAAAAUGGUAAAAUAACGAAAGAGAAAUUUGAACAUUUUAUUUUCGGAUGGAAAUCAGAGAAUGAAAAGAAAGAUUAUUCCGAGCCAUGUGGUAAAACCAGGAAUUUGAAGAAAAUGGAAAUGUUUCCAUUUUUGUGGACGUGUAUUUUUCUACCCUUCAUACGAGGACAUAGUCUUUUCACCUGUGAACCAAUUACUGUUCCCAGAUGUAUGAAAAUGGCCUACAACAUGACAUUUUUCCCUAAUUUAAUGGGUCAUUAUGACCAGAGUACAGCUGCUGUGAAAAUGGAGCUUUUUCUUCCUCUUGCAAAUUUGGAAUGUUCACCAAAUGUUGAAACUUUCCUUUGCAAAGCUUUUGUACCAACCUGUACAGAACAAAUUCGUGUGGUUCCACCUUGUCGUAAAUCUUGUGAGAAAGUAUAUUCUGAUUGCAAAAAGUUAAUUGACACUUUUGGUAUCCGAUGGCCUGAAGAACUUGAAUGUGACAGAUUGCAAUACUGUGAUGAGACUGUUCCUGUAACUUUUGAUCCACACACACAGUUUCUUGGUCCUCAGAAGAAAACAGAGCAAGUCCAAAGAGACAUUGGAUUUUGGUGUCCCAGGCAUCUUAAGACUUCUGGGGGACAAGGCUAUAAGUUUCUGGGAAUUGACCAGUGUGCACCUCCAUGCCCUAACAUGUAUUUUAAAAGUGAUGAGCUAGAGUUCGCAAAAAGUUUUAUCGGAAUAGUUUCAAUAUUUUGUCUUUGUGCAACCCUGUUCACAUUCCUUACUUUCUUAAUUGAUGUUAAAAGAUUCAGAUACCCAGAGAGACCAAUUAUCUAUUACUCUGUCUGUUACAGCAUUGUCUCUCUGAUGUACUUCAUAGGAUUCUUGCUAGGCAAUCGCACAGCCUGCAAUAAGGCAGAUGAGAAGCUAGAACUCGGUGACACAGUAGUUCUAGGAUCUCAGAAUAAGGCUUGCACUGUUCUUUUUAUGUUUUUGUAUUUUUUCACAAUGGCUGGCACCGUGUGGUGGGUGAUACUUACCAUCACUUGGUUCUUAGCUGCAGGAAGAAAAUGGAGUUGUGAAGCCAUUGAACAGAAAGCGGUGUGGUUUCAUGCUGUUGCGUGGGGAAUACCAGGUUUUCUGACUGUUAUGCUUCUUGCUAUGAACAAAGUUGAAGGAGACAACAUUAGUGGCGUUUGCUUUGUCGGCCUGUAUGACCUGGAUGCUUCCCGCUACUUUGUGCUCUUGCCAUUGUGCUUUUGUGUGUUUGUUGGGCUGUCUCUUCUUUUAGCUGGCAUUAUUUCCUUAAAUCAUGUGCGACAAGUUAUACAACAUGAUGGCCGGAACCAAGAGAAACUAAAGAAAUUUAUGAUUCGAAUUGGAGUCUUUAGUGGCCUGUAUCUUGUACCAUUAGUGACACUUCUUGGAUGUUAUGUCUAUGAGCAAGUGAACAGGAUGACCUGGGAGAUAACUUGGGUCUCUGACCACUGUCGUCAGUACCACAUCCCGUGUCCUUACCAGGCCAAAACAGAAACUCGACCAGAAUUGGCUUUAUUUAUGAUAAAAUAUCUGAUGACAUUAAUUGUUGGCAUCUCUGCGGUCUUCUGGGUUGGAAGCAAAAAGACAUGCACGGAGUGGGCAGGGUUUUUUAGACGAAAUCGCAAGAGAGAUCCAAUCAGUGAAAGUCGAAGAGUACUACAGGAGUCGUGUGAGUUUUUCUUAAAGCACAAUUCUAAAGUUAAACACAAAAAGAAGCACUACAAACCAAGUUCACACAAGCUGAAGGUCAUUUCCAAAUCCAUGGGAACGAGCACAGGUGCCACGGCCAAUCACGGCACUUCCGCAGUAGCGAUCACGGACCACGAUUACUUAGGACAAGAAACUUUGACAGAAAUACAAACCUCCCCGGAAACAUCAGUGAGGGAGGUGAGAGCAGAUGGAGCGAGCACCCCCAGAUCAAGAGAACAGGACUGUGGGGAUCCUGCCUCCCCAGCAGCAUCCAGCUCCAAACUCUGUGGAGAACAGGCUGACGGGAAAGGCCGGGCAGGCAAAGGGAAUGAUAAGAUCAGUGCAUCCGAAAGUACGCGGAGUGAAGGAAGGAUGACUCCAAAAAGUGAUGUCCCCGAGACCGGCCCGGUGCAGAGCAGCGGCUUGCAGGUCCCAGGUACUGCGGAGCCAGGCAGCCUGAAAGGCUCCACGUCCCUGCUCGUUCACUCAGCUUCGGGAGGUGGAAAAGAGCAGGCCGCUGGCGGUCACUCCGAAACUUGAAAAACAGGCGAUCCCAUCGCUGAGAAGUGGAUUCAUGUGACACUGGAACAGACAGCACGCUGUCGUAUCAACACCACUCUUCUGUUCUCUUGCACUGACAGCUACCUUGCCUACUGUUACACUGGAAACGAUGGAUUCCGAGAAUUAGGGGAUUUGUUUCGCACAGAGGUUAACGAUGGCAAUAUACCCAGAAAGCGGAAAUGGGCAGGUUAAUAAUAUUUUUUUAAGUUGCGUGGGAGGAGGGAGUUAGAGGAAUCUUCUUUUUCUAUUUAUGAAGAUCUCCUCUUGCUAAAAGUAUUUUAAGAUGUACUAUAUGCUAUUUUACUUUUAUGGUAUGAAAUCAAGAUAUUUCUUUGCUGAAGUAUUUAAAACUUAUCUUUGUAUCUUUUUUAUAUAUUUGAAAAUAAGUUUAUAUGUAUUUGAACUUUUCUUAGAAAUCCUGGAACAGCUAUUCAAAUAUUUUUAUGUUAUUCGAUACUUUAACGCUGCUUUGGUAGCCUUUACACUGAGUUUCUAAGAAAAUUGAAAAAUAGUAUUCUUUUACAGUAUAAAAAAUAUUUGACACACCAGAAGGUGUUGUCAUGGGAAUUCACCUUUCAAAGUCCGCUUAUUCCACCUUAUCUUCCCUGUGUGAAUUUUACAGAGUCUUGCUCUAGGAAUUUCAUAGCUCUGCUGUGCCUCUAAAACAAGGUGCUUGACAUCCACCGUUGAUUAUGUUAUGCUGCUCACUGAUCCUUCUACAGUUUUAAACAACAUGUUCUAAAGGAUUAGAUGAAAUGUUACUCUUUUAGAAUUUAAGCCAAGUGCAAUUCAUUUUCUUUAAAAAAAAAAAAAGUUUUAUGCCCACUCAAGAUUGUGUAUUUAUGACCAUUUACAGUUGCUUAUACUUUUUUUAACUUCUUUUUUUAACUUUUAGAAUACUAAAGUUUAUACAGUAUCUUUCUCAGACAUUACGUAGAUGUCAUUUCUGCACUUGCAUAGGAUUUUGCCGAACAUUUAAAAGUGUGUUUAGCAAUAUUAGUGCCAAUCAAAUGGGGGAAAAAAUGUAGUCCUGAUAAACAAAAUGUAUUUUAUAUUACAUACUUUAAAAUAUUAAAUAUUUUUCCUAAUUUUUGUUUUCAAUUAAGUGUUAUACCUUAAGGUUUUCUGAUGCUUCUGGGUUUUUUCUAUUUAGCAUUCUAUUAAAGCAUAAAAAGAUUAUCAUGUACUGUAUGGAAAAUGUAAAUAUUAACUUUUCCACAUUUUUGAACUUUGUAUACAAAAACAUUGUAUGUCUUUCCAGCAAUAAAAUUUUCUUUGUGUGAGAGA